AUGCUAGCUACCACGACAUUAAUAUUUAUCUUUAUUACAACAGUAUAUAUAUUAUUACGUUAUUCUACUCGAAAGAAAACAUUUCCCGGUCCAAAACCUUUGAUCAGCCUGCCAAACUAUUUCUUUGACACAAUACUGACAAUAUCAAAUAAAAAACUGCGAAAUAACUUGCUAAAUAUUUUUUUCCCCGAAUCGUUUCAAUAUACCGUACUAACAGUUCCAUUAGCCUCUCAAUAUUAUACGUCCAAAUAUGGUGAUAUUGUUCAAAUAAAUCUUUUUAAUCAGCCAACAAUAAUAAUAUCAAACCCAGAUUUUGCUGAUUAUAUAUUAAGACGUAAUGGAAAAAAUUAUACAUUAAGAUUUGGUAAUCCGUCAGGCUUAGAAUAUUUAGGCAUGAAAAAUAAAGGAAUUAUUUGGAAUACAAAUAUUCAACGAUGGAAAUAUCAACGUUUAAAUUUCUUUCAAAAAGCUUUGAAUACUAAACUAUUAGAUGAUGCGAAAUAUGUUUCAAAUGAUGCAGUUGAUUAUAUAUUAAAAUAUGUUGAAAAAUAUGAAGUUAAAAAAGAUAUUAUUGAUACAAUGGACUUUUUACGUUCAAUUACAUUUACAAUAACAUGCCAUUUAUUUCUUGAUUUACCUAUUGGCACUAUUUCAAUUGAAAAAACAAAAUACUAUGUUAACUCAGUUGUACAAUAUUUUAAAGCAUGGGAAUAUUUUUUGUUAAAACCAACUCAAUUUUAUGAUGAAACUCAGACAAGUCAACAUGAAAAAUCAAUAGAGCAAUUAAAUAAUGUUGUUAACGAAUUAAUAUCUGAACGAGAAAUGAAUAAUAAUAAUAACAAUAAUUGUUUAUUUAUCAAUUCACUAUUAAAUGCUCUUGAUAAUCAACAAAUAACAAAAGAAGAAAUGAAUCAAUGUAUAUUAGAAAUGUUGAUUGCCGGUACAGAUACAUCAUCUGUAACAAUGUUCUAUUUUCUUCUUGCACUUUGCGAUCGAAAAGAACUAGAAGAACAAUUACGAAGAGAAUUAAAAGAAAAUUCUUAUGAAACUCUUACAAAUGGCUUAAAAGAAUCAAUGCGCUUUAAACCAGUGGGCCCUGUUAUAAUGCGAUGUGCUAUUAAUGAUGAUAUUUAUAAUGAUAUUCCAAUUAAAAAUGGAACAAAUAUAAUUAUUAAUUUAGCUGAUAUGCAUAGACGAAAUGAAAAUUUUACACUUGGAAAUCAAUUUAAUAUAAUUAAUGUUGAAGAUAAAGAUUUAUCGAAUACGAACAAUGAAAAAAAUGUGUUUGUUCCAUUUGGUGUCGGACCUAAAGAAUGCGUUGGAAGAUGGUUGGCUAAAGUUGAAAUGGAAAUUAUAAUUGAAAAAUUAAUUUUAAAUUACUCAUUUGAACGUGCUAAUGGAACGAAAACAUUAGAAGAAUUACAAACAAGAUGGGACAUUGCACAACAACCUACGGAUCCGGGAUUUAUGCUUAUUCAAAAACGAUAG